UUCAAAUCAGAAUCAGAAAUACUUCCUUUUUUUAACAUUUCUUUUUACAACAAUUGACUGCACUACUAUCCACUAUCAGACCAUUUGUUUUUCUUUUAAUUUAGAAUGUUAACCACGAUAUACCUUCACUGAAAGAGUGUACCAACCAAUAUUUUUACAGUCGGUUAUGUUUUGGAGCAUUUGUAUAGGUAAAACGUUUUUUUUUUUUUUAAAUAUUCUCUCAAUCGAAAUGUAUGUUAAAUACACGGUAGAGCAGGUAGAUUAUGUUAAAAGCGCUAAUGUAUGGCCUCUGUUAAACAAGUCGCUAGCAGUCAGUGUGAUAUUAUGAUUUCAACAGUAUUGGAAUUCUACGUAGGUGGAAAGGACGUACCUACAAUAAAAUGUCAAAAAUUUACAAUAUUAAAACGGUACAUUUGCUAAAGUUGUUUAGUUACCAGCAUCAAUACAACAGAUGAAGGCGGGUAUAUUGUAGUUGUGACUCGUGUGGACUCAGAAAAGGUGUAUAACAUCCAAAAUAGAGCAACAUUUCAUUGUAAUGAUCUCAUAGUAUAGUCAUUUCGAUAUGUUUAACAAACAAAAAUUUAAAUCGAAAGUAUAGACUGCAAUUUUCAACUAUCGCGAAACGUCUAUCAAUUUAGGUAUAAGAUCAAGUUUGUGUGCUAAACGUGUUUUUAGUUAUACGUAUAUGCUCAGCUCAUGUGUAACUCGAUGCUAUAACUAUAACAUUGUGAUAUUGCAUUCAUUGUGUGUGCGCGGCCACUGCAGUCAUAGAAGAAGAGUGAACCGUGAACCAACGACGAGUGAGUGCAUUGUCCAUAAAGAAAUAUGCUGUUGCAUUUAACCACAUUCGUGUAACAUUACGAGUAGUUUAUUGUUCAAUUUACUUUUAUAAAAUAUUUGAGUGUGUUCCAUUCAACGUGAAUGAUGCAAAGAAAUAUUGGAUCAUCGAAUAUACCAACAAAACAAAACAUUCCACUUGGAAAUGUACAACCAACUCUAGCACUGAAAUUCAAUAGUGGGCCAGUCGAAAAUUUACCAAAACAGUUUGUUUCUGCAAUGAGAACACUGUUUGAUUUAAUGGACGACAAAAGAACGGGUUUUGUUAGAUUGUCCGAUAUUGAGCAACGGUGGCAAGAUGAUGGUGCCAAAGGUCUUCCACAUGGCGUAAUCGAGUGUUUAGCGAAGGUAACCCCAUUAAAUGGUAUGUUAACGUUCGAGCGAUUUUGUGCCGGAUUAAAAAUUUGUUUACGCAACCAAAAUGAUGCGAACAAAACGAGAAAAUCAUUGACCAACAACAAUGACAUCAAUAGUUCGGAUACUAAAAAACUACAACGACCACCAUCAGCUCCACUGUUGGAUUUAGAAAAUUCCUUUUCCACUUCAUCACAAUGGAAUAGCAAUAACACAGCAGCUGUACGACCAAAUAAUGCAAUACCAGUUCAACGAACUCUUAGUUUGCCAAAACUUUGUCCAGAAAAAGACAGCGAUAAUACAACACCCGAACCGUACAUUAUACCAAGUUUAUACGCACCGCCGAAACCACCGCGAACGGCCUUGGUUAUGGGCAAUGGUGUAACAAAUAUAAAUAAUUUGGAUCGAUUUGAUAAAGCUGAAAUUCGUCAUGCUCUACAAAAUUGGCAAAUGGGUGUUUUGAUGAAUGAAAUGGAUAAUAAAGAUAAGAAAUACCAGGUGACCCAGAUAAACCGUGGUACAGCUGACGGUCAGCCGCAAAAUAAUUUGUUUCAAAAGAAAGCGAAUGUUCGAAGACGUGAGCCCAGGCGUCAUACACUACAGAAUGGAAUUGACUACAAUUUGUUGAGGAAAUUGAAGCAGUUAGAACAAGAAAAGGUAGUGUUGAUGGAUGGACUAAAUGCUGUUGAUAAAGCUCAAGAAUGGUACUUGAAGCAAAUAUCAAUUGUACAAGACAAGAUAAAGAAUUUAGGGCGGAUGGGUUCCCAUGUGGAACAUUGGACAGACGCUCAUCAAGAGCGACUGGAUUUACAACGUGCCCGUGUUAUGGAAGUAAACAGAUACUUGUCUAGCCUAGCGGAAAAUUGGCAUGGAAGAGAUUGCCGCUCCUUAGAGAAUUAGUAAAAAGCCAGUGUUCUAAUGUUAACCUUUCGGAUGAAGUAAUUUUCUGGCAAUUUCGGGAUUUUACUUCCUAGUCGUAGUGUAUCCAGUAAAGAUCUACUUCAUAAAGAAAUUAAUUUUUAAUGUGAAAUAACCAUUUCUUUGAUUUGAUGAAUGAUAUUUCAGUUUUGGGGUCGGAUUAAUGUCAAGGGUAAUCGAUCUUUAAUAAUGCCGAAAACACCCGAGCAAUUUUACCUUACCGAAAUCGACAAUUAUGUUGAGCUUUGCAUUGUAAUCGGACUUGAAGCAUACAUUAAACAAUGAAGAACGCAGCAUAAUUGCCGAUGUUAGCAACGCAAAAUUGCUCGUGUGUUUUCGGUCUCACAAAAUGCAUGUUAUAGCCAAAAUUGAAAACCUAAUGAAUAGAAAGUAAAAGAUUUUAUCUAAAUCGGUUGAAAAUGCGUAGAGUUGAUCGAAAGAAGUAGCAUAUUCGGUAGUGGUACCAGUGAACAUACGUUACAGUGUGGUAGUACAUUAUCCUAUUACUACCCCAUUAUCGUCUGUGAAGAUUUUGCUGCAUUUGAUACAGGAUACCCAUAAAAGGGCAUUUACCAUGUUUACCAUUUGAAGUCAUUAAACACCCUUACAUGCUACAUGCGUCGAAAACCGUACUUUUCAUGUUUCAAGCACUUCUUUCGAAGCCCUCAGCAUGUAAAA